AAAAAAAGUUAUUCUUUCCAGAUAGCCAUACCUUAAUGCAGUGACUGUUUUGCUUGUUACCUUAGAGUUCUCUAAUUCUUUUACUUUAAACAGCAGUGGGUUAAAACGUUUUAGGUACCUUGACUCAUUGGUGUGGAAAAUAUAGUUUGGUCCUGGGGGCGAUUUGGUGUCUCCGAAAUAUGCACGAGGUGCUUGCCUGGCCUAAUUGUAAGGGCUCAGUCCUGCUUUCAAACGGAGCAAUUGUUUUGAAUGAUUAAAAGGAGACUUUGUGCCCCUGUUUUCUAAGUUCUGGAUAAUUCACCAUGGUUUGUUUCAAUUUGUAUUUCAUCUUCUUAGCUGGUAUUUGCUUUCUCACCUCUGAUCCGGAUUUCCUCAUCUUCUGUUCUGAGAUCGGCUAGUUUGCUGUUGUCUGUGCUCCUUUUGAGUCAGGCUUGCCCCUUGUUUUUGGUUGGUUUGGUACUGUCACCCUCACCCUGCUCAUCUAGCCCCUCUCUUCUGCUGUCUAAGCAUUCUCUUACCUCCUUUAGAUGGGAAAUCAAAACUCACACUUCUUCUUUUUUAUAAAUAUUGACCCUUACUCAUACAUGUGCCUGUCCCACAAUCUGUAUAGGAUUUUAAGGAAACAGAGCAGCAGCUACAACAAAAUGGGGAGAAGAAAUGAGACCUGUGGUAACAGCCUACGUGUGUCAAACAUCUCUCAGGAGAACUUAUCUCACUGGAAUUUGGAUUCAGAAGUGCCUGUUCCUGAAAACAAAAUCCUCCCAGCUGGAAGGGAUAGAGCAGCAGGUGAACUAUUUGGAAAUUCCAGUGGAGCAGCCGAUGCCAGAACCUAAUUUGUCGGCACAUACUCAAAAAAGUACACAGAAUAGUAACCAAGGGAUCUUUCAAUUAUGGAAUUGUGCUCUUAAUGAAGGAAGUACCAUAGAGAAGAGGGAAUUCAAAAAAUCUUCAGUGGAACCUGGCUUUAAUGUAACCAGUAAUCCUAUCAGGGUCUUCACUCUGGGCCACCCAUUCACAAGCACUUCAGCUGACGAGCAGGUUGGUCCUUACCCUGGACUGCCGCUGCCACUAGGUCUCUGCUGGCCCCAGGCUGAUGGAGACUUUUUCAAGAACAGAAAUGAGAUUCAAUUUAGUUCAUGUUCAACUAUAGAAAACAACGAUGGUGAAACGUUACCUGCUCCAAAUUGGAAUUUGAAACACGGAAGCAGCAGUGUGGAAGAAAAUCUAACAGAUGAAAGUGACUUAUCAGAAAAUGAGAAAGCAAAUGAUACUUUACUUAGCUCUUUUAAAAAGGUGGACCUGAACUUGAAGCCAGAAACAAUAACAAAUGUUGAGGAACCUUUCACCGAGGAGCCAAAUGAAGUAUUUCCAUAUCCUGAUUUUCUCCCUCCUGCUUUCAGUACUCUAGACUUGCACAAUUUAGCCCUCUCCAAAUCUGACAAUUGGAAAGCGACAGUGGAACCUGCAGAAAGCUCUAUUGAACACUUGAUAACUCGUUUACUGGAACUAGAACGAUUACAACAUAUGACUAUUCAAAAAGAGAGGCCAAGACUACCAGCGACUUUCUGUACUCCGGCAGUUACUGAACGACCCUCUUCCUCCAAAGCUACACCAAAAGCGAGACAGCUAAAACUUUGUGACUCUUUGAGUCUUCAGAUACCUUGUGUAGAUAAAAGUCAAGAAAGAAGUAAAAACAACUCUGGUUCUUGCAAACUUGAGCAAAAUGCUUUAAAAUGGAAUUGGAGCAAUGCUGGCAAAUAUAAAUGGAAUACCAGACCACCGCCUCUAAAAAGUUCUUCCACCACAAAACAAUUGACUGAAACUUAUAAGAAUCCCAAAAGUUAUAUUUUAAAUCCAUGCCCAGAACUUUCAUCCAAGCCUACUACUGGCCAAACAACUCAAUCACUGCUUAAAAUGGUCUCCACAAGAUGUCUGCCAUCGAGGUCUCUAAUGCCAGUUUCACCUAUACCUCUGUCUUUUCCCGAAAAUCAGAAGGAAGAAAUUAAGGCACCGAAGAGAAACUUUGGGACCAAAAAGAAACUUUACCGACAAAACACAGUGUUGAAUAGACCGUUCUCUAUUCAGAAGCUAAACUGUUUGUCACCUUCCCUUAUUGCUAAGGAUAAGUGCUGCUCAUCCAUUGAACAAAAAUAACUCUUUUCUUUCAUACAUCUCAGUGUGAACAGAUCUAUUCUAAGAAGCCCAACUAAGAUAUGGUUAAUUAUUCCAAGACACAGGUACUGUUAACAAUCCCCCAAAAUCACCAAACGGUUGCUUGAUGUGAUAUGGAGUGGAACUUGUGAAAAGCACUGCUGAGAUGUCUAUAUAUAAACCCACAGGCUUCUAUACUGACAUAUUUGACAAUCUUUUGCAUGUUGUGUUUCAAAUAAAUGGUUCACUUAGUAGACUAUUCUAUUCAAAAGGCUGUUGUUUUUUCAGUGAUUGUUUUCCAGCAUCAUUCCAUCAAUAAAUGGUAUAAUUGACUUAUUGCAGCUGUAGUUCUUGUUAUGUCAUCAUGAGUUGAUUUUUUAAAAGGUCUUUCCCACUCUGGUAUCAUUUUUUUUCUUUCUUUCCUGUGCCCUCAUCUCCACAGAUCUAUCAUUUUGACCUAUCCUUUGGGCAUUUACUUAGCCCUGAAAAGCUAAAGAAGUUGUUGUUCUAUUAAUGUACAAGAUCCUCUAGAUCUCCCUAGCUCCUCCCAAAUCCUUAGAAAUUUUCUAUGUCCCCGGCCUUUCUUUGUCAUAUACAUGAAAGAUUGUUCUCUUUGGGGCCCAACUACAGGUUUAGGCAUGAAAUAACCCUCUUCCACUCAGACCCAGUAUUUUUUAAAUGUUGAAGAAAAAAAUGGGUAAGAUCACUGUCCACAGAGCAGCCAAAAUGUCAUGUUACUAGAAUUUUUUCCAGGCUCUGCACUGCUGGAAGUCUUAAGGUUAGUUGAAAUUCAUUCAGCCAACACAUAACUCAUUAACUAGUGAAAAAGGAAAACUACAUGACUGACAAACUUACUGCCCCUAAGAAUCAAGGAAACAAAAUAGAGUCCUAGCUUCUAUUGCAGGCCCUCUGAAACACAGUCUUUGGAAGUGGGACCCAUGGACACACACUAUAAACAAACAUUCUAGGUGAUUUUAAUGCAGGUGGUUCUUGGAUCAUACUUUGAAAGAUGUGAUGAAAGGAUUGAUGUCACAUACAUAAAUCAGGGGUUCAGAUAUUUGGGGAUAUACUGUGUUUGGGUUUUAAGUGGAUGGUUGGUGAAUUAAAAUUAAUUUUUCUAAAACUUUAAAAAAUACACGAUUAAAACUUCAACCAUUACCCAAAGGUACCAAAUGAAAAGUAAAAGGCAGCUGGGCACGGCGGCUCACACCUGUAAUCCCAGCACUUUGGG